AUGUGGGUGUUGGAGGAAAAGGCCAGCCCGUUUCAGGAGAUGGGGAAAAGCUUUGUUGUUGUCACCUCAACCAAGCUACAGGUGUACACGGUUGACCUUGAUGCCAUUAGGCAGGUAUAUCUGAGGAAAAGGGAUUUCGAGCGUUCUCCUCAGACAUGCGAGAAUAUGCCUGGCCUACUCACGCCUAGCGUCUCUUCGGUCUAUGGAGUAGACUGGCAACGGCACCGACGCAUUACCGCUCCUCCUUUCAACGAGAGUAACAUGAAAAUCGUAUGGCAAGAGUCCCUGACGCAAGCAGCCGGGCUGGCUCAAUGGUGGAUUUCUCAUGGCAAAGAGGGCCUGAGGAGCUCAUGUUCAGACACAAUGACUCUCGCCCUAAACGUUCUGGCAGCGGCUGGACUCGGAUACUCGUGGAAGUACAUACCAGCAGGCAAGGAGACACAGGCCGGCGACGAGUUCUCGGCUCGCUAUCGAGAUAAUCUUGCCCUGCUCCUUACUAGCAUUCGUAUUUUGAGUAUAACACCAAAGUGGAUGUACGAGCUUGGCCCCAGCCGCAUCAAAUAUCUGCCCAAGCUGUUCCGGGAUCAUGUCUUGGCGGCACAGGCGUUCCGAAAACAGAUGCGGGAGCUGGUAGAGGAGAGAAAGGUCGAGGUCGCCGCGGGUAGGGCUAACGAGAACAUAUUCCUCAACGCGAUUAUCGCGAAGUCUGUUGAGAUGCGACAAGAAAAGCUGGCCAAUUCGCUCGGUGCCGGCGGCGAGAUUGGAGAGCUUGAAGCCGGUGGCGCUGGAGGCCUCAACGACGACGAGCUCUUUGCGAAUAUGUUCAGCUACAACAUUGCAGGUCAUGAGACUACUGCCCACAGCUUGAACUACUGCCUCCACAUCCUCUCUGUCGAGCCUGGAUGGCAAGACUGGAUCCGUGAGGAAGUCGAUCACGUAUACCACACGACGGCCUUGGAUUUUUCUACGCUCGAGUACGAGCAGUACUUUUACAGGCUCAAACGCUGUCUAGCCCUCAUGUACGAGAUGCUGCGUCUCUACAGUCCUGUGGUCGACAUGGAAAAGGAUGUCCUUGGCGAAGGUCAACAUCUGCGUCUCGAUGGGCGCUACAUUUUCGUUCCCAAGGGUUCCGAAGUUCACAUGUCCAACCUCGCCGUGCACAUGCUGCCUGAAUACUGGGGCGCCGACAGCGAGGAAUUCCGCCCAGCCCGCUGGAUCCGAAGCGCUUCGGUAUCUUCCGAGUCGACGGAAACCUCCACGAAAGACAGUACAAAAGCGGAGAUGCUUGAUGCCGAGGAGGUUGCGCCGCCACCUGUCGCCAAGGAGUCAUUUUUCCCGUGGUCGCUCGGCGCGCGCAACUGUCCGGGCAAGAAGUUCGCCCAGGUUGAGUUCGUGGCCGUCAUGUCGUAUGUGCUGAGACUGUACAAAGUGGAAGCAGUUCCACUUGAGGGCGAAAGCAAGGAGGAGACCCGGCGGAGGGUUCAGGAGUGGAUUGAGGAGAGCAAGGCGGAAAUUACGACCAAUUUCCGCGAGCCUGAGAAAUAUGCUCUGAGAUUGGUGAGUCGAUAG